AUGGAGAAAUCAAAACUAGAACUUGCUCUAUUAAAACAGCGUAUCACUCAUAAUCAUCUACCAACAUCAUUUGAUAAACUCGACAUAUCGAUACCUACUCCAAUACAUAAAAUAAUGGAUACGGAGACAGCUCAAUCUCUAAAAGGUCGAUAUGAUAAAAUUUUACAACGAACAAAAGUUGAUAUGAUGCAGGUUUAUGUUGAAGCUGCUGAAUUUCGAGCAAAUCAAUAUCGAUUACAGUUUAAUAAUGCAAUGAAUAAACUAAAAGAAAAUGAAUCUACACAUCUAUCCGAUAGAAUAUUAACUAAAGUUAUGUUCGAUAUUAUGAUAAAACGUUUCAACAAUAUUAGUGAACAUCUUGUAUCUGUCUACAAAUUAAAAGUUCGUGCUUUCACCAAACUUCGGACAGACAAGAAAUCCAAUUGA